AUGAAUUCUAAUAUAAAUAUGAUGCAAAAUUAUCCUGUCAUGAAUCAACACUCCCCUAAUAUACCACCAGGUCAACCCAUAAAUAAUUCUAAUCAACGACAAUUUAUUCAAAGCCCCAAUAUGCAAUUCCCUCAACAGAUGAACCAGAUGAAUCAACCUCAGAUGAAUCAAAUGAAUCAAAUGAAUCAAAUGAAUCAACCACAAAUGAAUCAAAUGAACCCCCAAUUCAUGCAACAAAUGGGGGUUCCAAUGAAUGGUCAAGUUAUAAAUGGACAACCAAUGAAUAGAAGAAAUGGACCAAUGCAACAAAUCAAUGUUAAUGGACCUCCACAACAACAAGUUAUAAAGACUCCUUCUAAUGGACAAUUCAAUAUAAUACCUCCAGGACCAAAUUCAGCUCACUCCAAUUCUCAUCUGGGUCCAUCAUCGUCGAAUCCAACUCCCCAAAUGGGUAAUCAGCCAAAUCCCCAAAUGACUCCAAAUCCCCAAAUGACUCCUAAUCCUCAAAUGACUCCCAAUCAACCAAAUAGUGCCCCUAAUCCUUUGCCCCCAAAUGCAGGUUCAGGAAAUAAUAAUACACCCGGUCCCCAACCACCUCCAGGAGUUAUGGCUAAUGCUUACCAACAACAAAUGAGAGUACCGUUACAACAAGGACAACUCCCAGUUCAACAAGGUGUUAAUAGAAUGGGUAAACCAAUGGUCAAUGUUAUGGGACGUCCAGACAAUUAUCAAGCAGAAUUGAGUAUCAAGAUAUUCAAACGUAAUUUAGGUAAUGCUGGAGUUAUACGGAUUUUAGAUAUUGUAGAGCAUAUUUCUAAUGAAUCUAAAUCAUCAUUACUUACAUUAUCAUAUUGGCAAAAAUUCAUUCAACUGUAUUUUACACCCACUUCCCAUUUCAAGUUUCAAUUAUCUACCGGUUUAUUAUCUAAUAGCAUUGAUGAAGGAAAGACUUUAGAGUCUAAACCUUUAGAAUUGAACCCUAUAACUGCUCCUAGAUUCUUCACAUCAUUGAUUUCAGCCAGUCAAAUCGACAAAUUCAAUAUUGCUUUACCAGGAAUUAAGUUUCAAGUAAUGAACAAUGGAUCAAUCUUCAUAAUAUCAAAAUUACAAUUGAGUUAUUAUUUUAAUGAUGGAUCAAUUGCUUAUGUGCAAGGAGGAGUUAAAAUUUUAAUGAAUAGAGAUUUUAGAAUUGAAUGGAUCGAUUGUAAAUUAAUGCAAUAUCAAAGUUCCCUUGAUUUAUCAAAUUUUGAUAACAUUUUAGGGAAAUUCUUGGAUCAGAACAAUUUCAAUUUAACUAAAUUCAAUGGUAAAAGUAAUCAAACUAAGUUCAAAUCAGAUUUCUUGAAUCACAUCAAGUUGAAUUCAUUAUCUUACAAAUAUAGUGUUAAUUCUGGUAUUGAUAAUGACUCCAUGAGAAUCUUACAGGUUGGUGAUACCAUGACUAACUUAAAGUCAUUGAUGGGAUUUGCUAUGGUCAAUAAUUUGAACAGUCCUGUUAAAGCUUUGGAAUUAUUCAUGACCGCUAACAAUAACCAUCAAGCACAAUUUUUGAAACAACAACAAGCACAGGCUCAAGCUCAGGCUCAAGCUCAAGCCAUGGCACAACAGCAAACUCAACAAAAUCAACAGCAAACAGGUAUGCAACGAAAGAACAGUUUAUCCAAACCUGGUACUAAACAACAACAACAACUUCAAAAAAAUAAUAGCAAUAACAACUCACCAUCACCAAGAACGGUAGAUGAUGAUUCCAAAUUCAAAAAGAGAAAGAUGAGUAUGUCUAUGAACAGCUCAGCAGGAUCCCCUUUGGUUCCUGAUACAAACAUUAAGAGAAGAAAAUAA